AUUAACAAACCAAACCAUAAAAAGUAAAUAAAUUUGAAGUAAAUACAUAUUUAUUUUUAACUAAUAUGUAUCAUCUAUAUUCUAGCAUACAAUUCGUUAAGUAAUGCACUUACUGUCCUAAGAUAAAAUUAACGAUACUUGUGAGUAAAUAACCAUGCACAGGAGUAGCAGUUUUCCAUACAAUGUCGACGAAAACUUUUACAAUAACCCGGAUUUAAUUAGAAGAUUGCCGGUUCACGAUGAUUAUCUCCCACAACCCGAAGCGUACCUAGAUUACUCCAAUUAUGGGAUACCCGAAGAAGUAACGUACAAGAGAUACAUCGGAUCGGGCGUCUCCUUCAUAAGCCUGAUAGCCGAAAAUUUACUCAGCCAUCCGUUCGUGGUGCUCCGAAGGCAAUGCCAGGUGCACCAGAACGCUCAGAAAUACCACCUUCAACCGUUUACCCUGAUGCCCGUCGUGUGGCGCUUGUACCAACACCAAGGAGUAACCACUUUGUGGAAGGGAAUCGGUUCGGUCUUGCUGGUCAGAGGGAUGUCCCUAGGCGUCGACGAUCUAAUUUCCAAAGUCACCCCUUGGCCGAAGGAGAUCAGCUGGCACAGCAGCCUCAAGCAAUUUUUCCAGCACACCUUGCUCAAGUGCGUCAGUCUGGCUAUAGUCACGCCAUUUUACUCGGCUAGUUUCGUGGAAACCGUACAAUCGGACAUAGCUAGCGAGAAGCCCGGCAUACUAGACGUCUUCAGGGAAGGCUUCAUGAGGAUGUUGCAUUGGGGUUCCUCGUCUAACGGAAGAAUGCUACCAAUAUGGGCUUUAAUAGUACCUACGAUAACCCUCGGUCUAGCCAAAUACAUGUUUUCGAGCAUCGUAAGAAGUAUCUCAUUGAGAAUUCUAACGAAUAAAUAUAUCGCGCAUUUCGAAGAGAACGGCGCCUUGCCUAAGGAUCCUUACAAUUCGCCGGCUAUGCAAGAGAUCCAACUCACAGCAUCCUUAAUAGGAACUAUUUCUAGCGACAUCUUAUUCUAUCCUUUCGAAACUGUUAUACACAGGAUUCACCUACAAGGCACUCGAACCAUCAUCGACAACCUGGAUACCGGUAAAUCCGUGUUGCCUAUUUUAACGAACUUCUCCGGAGCCCUGGAUUGCUACGAUAGCUCCAUCGCCAACGAAGGCGUCAGCGGGUUGUAUAAAGGCUUUGGGGCUCUACUAUUGCAAUACACAGCCCACAUAGCCGUCCUGAAGAUGUCCCAUUGGUUCCUGACGCAGGUGGGGAACCUCGUGCAAUCGCCCAAAGCGAAACCGGUCGCGCAACCACCGGUCAAGAUUUCACCGCCGGCCAUUUCCAACUUCUCCACGUCGCGGUCUUACCUGCUUCCCUGAAAUUACAGUUACCACGAGAGGGUCGAUCAAAUUAUUAGGGGUUCGAGUCGCCCUGAGUGAUGUAUUUUUUUUGGGUUUGAUAAAAAUUAAUUGGAUGAUUUCGAGGGCGAUUUUUUAGCUACAUAGAUGUGCAUAUAAUAUUAAACGGAUGUUUUUUUAUUAAUAAGGUUAUUAAUUUAUUUAUUGUAUGUAUUCAUACUUCUGUGUACAUAUAAAAUGCUGAGUAAAUGGAUUAAAACGCGAUUUAAAUUAAUUGAAUUAUUGUGUAUUAAAAUUCUUGUCGUCUAGCUGGAAUUGUUAUUUUAUUUUGUUAACAUUUUAUUGCUAUCUUCAAUUUAACAAGUGUGUAAGUAUUUACUUUUAUUUAUGC